AGCAGAGCCUGCAGUGCAAUGUUACUUCCUUCCACAGGAAAGACUGAGUUUCAUUGUACGAUAACAUGUCUCACUUCCACAGAGCCUGUUGUGCUUCAUUGCUUCCCUGCAGUUUGAUGGACCCUUUCAUGUGAGUUGCUGACACAGGUUUGCUCUCCUUCCUUGAGUCUGCAGAAGAAGAAGAAGCCAAAAAUGGGGUCCAGGAGAAAAGUGCUCCUUGCUGCAAUCAUUUUCACAGCUGCCUUCUACAAAGUGACUGCACAGGAUGCAAGACUACUGGAUGCUCUAAAUCCCACAGAUGUUGUAGAUGACCAGUACAAUGGAUGCCGUAAAGAGGCCGUGAAGAAGUUCAUCCAGUCAGACCUGUUAAAACAAGAACUAAAUCACAGUGAAGGAUUUCAGAAAGCCUGGAACAAAAGUAACAAGUGUUUGAAGCAGAUCCCUGGAGGGCGUAAAGAGCAUACUGCUGCACUUUCAGUCUAUGCUCAUGGGGAUCCUGAUUUCUUACAAACACUGAACAAAGCAAUAGAGACGAUGGGUGGAAAUGUUAGCAUCUAUGAAAACCACUUCCACUUCAAGUCUCUUCAUUUCCUGCUGAUGGAUUCCAUGAAGCUGCUGAAGCCGAAGGAGUGCAAGACUUUCUAUGUUUUUCAAGAUGGUCAAAGCCAACCACGGUCAAAGAAAGGCUCCACAGUGAGAUUUACAAGUUUCACCUCAGCUUAUUCAAACUUUGAAGAGAUAAAAAGAUCUGAAGAUCUUGCUGACAACAUCAUUUUAAAUCUCACUUCUUGCUUCUUUGUCAACCUGAAAGACUAUGUGUGCGAUCAAACCCAGGAUACAAUACUUUUAUCUCCAGCAGAAGUUUUCACUGUGGAGGAAACAGAAACAAAAACUACAGAUGAUGAUGAUGAAUAUGUUGAGAUUGUUUUGAAACAGUCAGGACUGAAAAGCUUCCACAACUGUUACAUCUUUUCACGAGACUCAGGAGAGCAGGAGACUAUCACAGAGCGAGACAGGUCUCCUCCAGCUGUUGUCUCCACCCUGUGGCUUGUGUCAGUGCUUGUGGCCUUAUCUUCUUUUUCUUUAGCUGUUUAGCAAAAAUAGUUAUCAGAGUUUUCUGAGUGUUAUCAUCUACAGUACUGCUUUGUCGAUCCUGUAAGCGCAGCAAAUUUUGAGAUCUACCAAAUAAGGUGUUGCAGUAGGCUGCCAAAAAUAUAGUCAAAUAUAGUUUUCUGCUUCUGUCAUAUGGACAGAAUUCUUAUUUUCUUUAUGCAUGUCAGAAAAAUAUACAGUAUACUUUAUUAUUUCUCGUUAAGUAUUGUGCGACUUUAAAGGAUAAGAAGAGGGAACAUGCAGCAAAUGUUCUCAGAUGGAUUCAGACUGAGUGUUCUGGAGUUCAUGAUGGGAAACCUCAACGCUUCACAGCAGGAGUGUUUCCAGAAAUUUUCAAUGGGCUUGCACGAGAGGAUCAAAUACAAGGCAGAGAGGCACAUAGGAAAUCAAAUAUUUGUGCAGGAAGUUGGUGUACAAUACACUGGGUUCAGUAUUCAGGCUCAUGUGCAGCCACACCCAGUGCCACCUACAAAUAAACAGUGAGUCUGACAGAGGAACUGAAUCUUUGAACCAUAAACUGAAUUCAAUAUUGUAGGUUCAUUAAACUUCUGUCUUCUUGUGGAACUUUCUCUCAAAAUCAGUGAACUUAUUUUUACAGUUUCAGCAGUGAAUAUUUUCCAGGCAGUGGAGAUUUUUAAGUUGAACAUGUUUACAACAAUUUUGGAUGUAUUUAUAUCUGUAAAACCUAUUACUAGAUGAUAUGUUUUGAGCUGCCUUUUUUUUUUUUUGGAGCCACCAGCCGUUACGGUCAGCAACGCGCUUCCUUCCAAA